AUGGGUCGAUCGCUCAGUAGUAGUUCUCACGAGAACAACAACAACAACGGACAACACGGCGAGAAAUCGUCGCUGUUAAGUAGCAGUGGCCGCGAUCGGGAUGGAAAAAGGGACGCGCAGCGAACGAAUGAAAAAGAAAGCGGAGAGUCGACGUUUCAAUACCUCUCGUCCAUCUUAGUCUCCGCGCUCGCGUUAACCGGAGCAGUCGUCGGGGUGGUUUCCGUCUGGCAAAGAUGCCAAGGCGGGAAUUGCAUCCCGGAAGGGUUCUUGUUACCCGGAGAUCACAGCUGGGACGUGACCACGUUCCAGGACAUUUUGGACACCAGAGAAGCACUCUUGCCGGAACAAAAACGAAUGCCGACGCACUUGUUCACGUGGACGGAGAAGUACGGGUUUAAAUCGUGGACGAUUAAAGAAACCGGGACACCGGAAAACGUGGACGAUCGAUCCUCUGGGGUUGUUCAGUUCUUAAACGCGAUCAUGCCGAAGGAGUUUCCGGAGAGAUUUAAAGCCGGGCAAGCGCCGUUUCACGUGCCGUGGGUGACUUCGGAUUUCCCGCAAGUCGAGUGCAUCGACUCGGAGAAAGGGUGCCCGAAUUUACCGACGAGAAUUUUCUCGUUCGGUACCGUACCGAAGAAUAACAAGAGAAUGAUUGGAUUAUCGCAAGCGCCGACGUUGCCGUUUACGCCGUGUUUAGCGCACGCGUACGAUCCGGUGAAAACGCAGUGCGAUUGGUUUUCCACGAAGAAUCCGGACCCGAAGCAACCGAUGUGCGCGAGCGCGAGGUUGGAUUUUAAGAAUUACAAUUCGGAGAGCGCGGAGAGAAAAGCAUUCGAUAAGCUGUUGAACAAAGCCGUCUGGAGAGGCUCGGAUUGGCACUACUUGGAAGCGUACCCGAAAGUUGGGACGUUGGAUGCCAACAGAUACGUGCGAAUCGCGGGAUUGUGCGACAAAGAUAUCGAUACUAUUCAAGAGAACAUCUUGGAUAACCGAGGUCGCUCGGAUACGGACGUGAGACACCGCGUGCCGCCGAGAUUGCGAGCGGCGAUCAUUGCGAACAAAUAUCCGGACAACUACGACAUCAAAUUUAGCGACAGUAAUCCGCGAGCGCCGGCUGAGAAUUGCAUCGACGAUCGAAUCCCACUCUUUUCUAGCGGAGACGUGUGGAACGCCUGUCAGUUUGAAAAGUAUAAAUAUUUGGUCGAUAUCGGAGGCGGCGGCGGGACGUCGUGGAAGUCUACGUUUCGAUUCUUGGCCAUGCCGGGUGUUUUGUUCCAUCACGAAACGAUGAUGCGUGAUUCGUUUUACGAUGACAUAACCCCGUGGGUGCAUUACAUUCCGUUGAACGAGGACAUGUCGGAUUUGCACGAGAAAUUUUUGUGGGCGGAGAGCCACCCGGAGGAGGCGUUUAAGAUUUCCAAGCAAGCUACGCAGUUUGUGAAGGAUUUUAUCACUCCGGAUGGUCUUAAAGAGCACGCGCGCAAACAUUUUGUUCCGGAAAUGAAGGAUUACAUCGAGGGGUACACGGUCGCCAAGGAGGAUUACAACUUAACCACCGCGGAUAUGGUGAAUAAGUAUUCGGGCGGGACGUUACAAGUCACGCUUUAUGAAGGCAUUGGACCGGCAUACAGCGCUGGACCAUAG